AUAAGAUCUCGGGUAAACACGAGAAGUACCCCUGGCGGAACGAAAGGCAUAGGUGAGAGAUAAGAACUGCGGGUAUAAAGGCUCACGACUCCGAACAGAAGACACUCAGCACUGCAGACUAGACCAGCCAUGGCCGGGAACGACCGCAGACUCGCCCUUGCAGUGGCUCUGGUGAGCGCGCUGCUCGCCGUGGAGGCAUUUGACCUGCAGAGAUCCCUGCUGCCCCCUGAGCUGGCCAGCCUCAGCGCCGCACAGCUGCGGGCUCUCCAACCAGACCAGGAUUGCACCAACGCAAACCCCGCAACUGCCACCGUAAGGAAGGAGACUACCUGUUCCGACUGCUCCACUGUCAAAGCAUGCGUGUAUGGUGGUGGCACGGUUGGAUGGAUCGCAGGAAAGACUACCGCCUGCUCGGGGAGGACACCCUGGUGCAACGACGGAGUCUGCUCUGCCACGCCCAGCACGACACUAAACUGCAACUCGGCACAAGCGGACGACACCUUCCAGUGCCCGUCAAACGGUUACUGGCCCAACCUAGCCUCCUGUAGCAAGUACUGGAUGUGCACGACCGACGGGGCCUUUGCUGGUGACUGCUCCGCUUACACCAACGCCGUGUAUGACCCGCGCACCACCCUGUGCGUGCCGAAGAGCCAGGUCACCUGCAGUACGAUCAGCUGCAGGAAUGCCCCCGCCUACCAGGUGAUCCCGUCGGCACCCUGGCUGUACGCCGUGUGUACGAGCGAUAACGUGGCCGACGCCGUGGUGCUGGCCUGCGCUAACCAAAACCAGCAGUACAACGGCACGAACUGCGUCAACGCCUGCAACCAGGCCGGCCGCUUCCCGCUGUGGGCUCCAGACAGCGCAGCCGGCGCAACUGCCACUGACACUGCAUCGUACUUCGAGUGCGUGGCGAACGGAAACAAACUCACCGGACCCACUGUUGGCAAAUGCCCUGGCAAUGGUUCAACCUUCAACGCCGCCACAUCGCAGUGCACUUUGGCGGCUGAUUUGAAAACACCCGUGAGGGAGAGCCCAACGGUGAGCACCGACUCUACCCCCACGGACACCCCCACCAGUACAACGGCGCCUUCCACAACUCAACAGAACCCACUGCCAGACUGCAAUAGGCCCUCUUCGUGCGUUAAUUCGACCCACCUGAGACUGUGUUUUUUCACCGGAGGGAGGUGGUUCAAAGCCAGGGAUGUCAAAUGCCCUGCGAGCAAACCUCACUGCGAGGACAACGAGUGCCACGCCGUGCCAUCGUCUGAAGAGACGUCCGACUCAUUCUUAUGCUCGGCCGACGGGUACUUCCCGGACGUGUCUUCGUGCACGCGGUACUUCAUCUGCGCGGGCAGCAAGGCGUACGUGCGCGACUGCAGCGCCUACCCCAACGCCACGUACGACCCCAACAGCGCCCAGUGCGUGGUCGGCCGGCCCUGCUACACGCUGGACUGCAGUGACCCGCGGCCUUACCAGCUGUACGCGCCCGCGCCCUGGCUGUUCGUCGUCUGCAGGGAUGACGACGCGGCCGAUGCCUUGGUGCUGGCUUGCGGCCCGGACCAGGUCUACAAUGGCACCGACUGCGCCAGAGCCUGCUUACGGCCAGGUCGCUUCGCCGACACCACCGGCGUCUCCAAGUACUUUGAGUGCGUGGAACUGGGCGACGGCACCUACAGCGAUCCCACGCCCAAGGCGUGUCCCAGAGGCCUCGUGUUCAGCGGGGAGGGACUCACGGGCCGCUGCGUGGAGGAAGAGGGGCACGAGACGACAACUCGAGCCAUAUCAACAACAGCAGCAGGAACAACCGAGACUACUGCUCGGACUACAGUAUAAACACAUUGAUAAAGGUGAUGCGGUCGCGCAGUGUGGACCAACAUGAAAUAAAACUCAAUGGAACCCUGAACAA